AUGGUCCGAUUCGAGACUGUUUUGCUUAUUGGAUCAGGCGGAAAUCUUGGGCCUCCGGCCAUCCAUGCACUCCUCAAGUCUUCAUUUGAAGUCACCGUUCUCUCCCGCCAGGAAUCUACACCCAAAGUUCUCGAAGGCGUGCCUGUCGUCAGGGCCGAUUACAACGACCCAGACUCGCUCAUAUCUGCCAUGCAAGGCCACGAUGUCGUGAUUAGUAUGGUUGGUGGUCACGUAGCCGGGGACCAAAACAAGUUUAUUGAUGCCGCCCUCGCUGCCGGAGUGAAGAGAUUUGUCCCCAGCGAGUUCGGGCCAUUUUCGCGGGACCCCAAAUUUGCGGAGCUAAACCCAGUUGUUUUACCGGCUAAAGCAGGUACAGUCGACUAUCUCCGGUCAAAAGAGUCUAAAAUGUCCUGGUCGAGCCUUGUGACUGGCGCAUGGUUUGACUGGUCUAUGAAAGUCGGGUUUUUCGGUUUUGAGCUCGCUUCUAAGUCUGUCACUCUCAUCGAUGAUGGCACUUCGGUGUUCACUGCCACCACGUUGUCCACAGUCGGCAAGGCGCUGGCUUCAAUGCUUGAAAACCCAGAUGAGACAGAGAACAAGCAUGUCUUCGUUUCGUCCUUCAACGUCUCUCAGCAAGAUAUCCUUGAGGUAGUUGAAAAGGUCGACGGUCAGAAAUGGACUCUAACGCACACGACAUCCGAGGAGGUUAUUGCGAAUGGUAGAAAGAGGCUCGCAUCCGGGGAUUUCGCAGGGAUCAUGGAUUUGACCAGGGGUGGGGCUUUCGGUAAACCAGGUCUGGGCGAUUCAAGACAGCAUGGUCAGCUUUGGAAUGACCGGAUGGGACUACCCAAAGAAAAUAUUGAGAGCGCCGUCAGAGAUGUACUCCAAGGAGCUUGA